AUGUCUGGACGCGGCAAGCAAGGCGGCAAGGCUCGCGCCAAGGCUAAAACGCGAUCUUCCCGCGCCGGUCUCCAGUUCCCCGUGGGCCGUGUGCAUCGUCUGCUCCGUAAAGGGAACUACUCCGAGCGGGUUGGGGCUGGCGCUCCGGUGUAUCUGGCAGCUGUGCUGGAAUAUCUGACAGCCGAGAUCCUGGAGUUGGCGGGGAACGCCGCCCGUGACAACAAGAAGACGCGCAUCAUCCCCCGCCAUCUUCAGCUGGCCAUCCGCAAUGACGAGGAGCUCAACAAGCUGUUGGGCCGCGUGACGAUCGCGCAGGGUGGUGUCCUGCCCAAUAUCCAGGCUGUACUGUUGCCUAAAAAGACCGAGAGCCACCACAAGGCAAAGGGCAAGUGA